GCACAAAGACUGGCGGCGUUUGCUGCUUUCCCCAUUACACCAUGCAGACGACUGGCACCUGUACUUCAACAUGGUGUCACUGGUGUGGAAAGGCAUGAGGCUGGAGAGACGUCUCGGUGGACCUUAUUUCCUGUAUUUGCUGUCAGUGUUCUCUGUGCUCACUGGACUGGUCUAUCUGCUGUUGGAAGCUGCGCUAACAGAGCUCACUCAGGACAAUUCCUUCAGCAUGCAAUGUGCAGUUGGCUUCUCUGGGGUCCUUUUUGGUUUAAAGGUUCUUGUUAACCAUUAUUUUCCUGGAGGGGUGUCCAGUGUGAUGGGUAUUCCUAUAUCAAAUCAGUAUGCUAGUUGGGCAGAAUUAGUGCUGAUCCACAUAACAUCACCUGGAACAUCUUUUAUUGGUCACCUAUCAGGUAUCCUAGUUGGACUGCUCUACACUUCUGGACCUUUGAAGACCAUUAUGAAGAAAUUUGCAGAUAUUGUGACUAUUGACUUGAGGCCAAGGACACAUUACAGUUCCUCUGGCUACAGUGGCACAAGACAUAGUCCCCCAAAUGCCACAACACCUAACAAUGCAGAUUAUACAGGGGGACUGACAGAAGAGGAGCAAUUAGAGAGAGCUAUCAGGAACAGUCUUAAUGAAAAUGAACAAGUUCGACAAAGACAGGCACCUCCUCCUUAUGGCUUCCAACUCUCAGAGGAGGAAAUGAGACAGCGGAGACUGAGGAGAUUUCAACAAUAAACUUAAAAACUAAAAAACUCAUACAUUUGCCAAAAAGAUUACCAGUAUGCCUUUCAGAAAUGUGUCAUUUCUUGGUCUGCCAAUAUUGAAAUAGAGAUGUUGAUGCCAAAGUUACUACAUAAGAUUUGUUUGAAUAAUUUACAAUUUACAAGUCAAAUAAUCACUGUGUAUUUUUCAAAAGUUUGUUCAGCUUGAAGUCAAAAGUCCAAAUGCCUUUUGUUAGAUUCCUGUCCAGCACAUGAACACGUUUCAUAGGAGAAUUGCAUAACAGGUCCAAGCCUAAUGUCCUGCAGCACUAUAUGAAGAGGGACAGCCAAAAUUACUGAACCCCUAUGUCCAACAAAUGCACAAAAUACAUUUGAAUAGCUUACCAAGUCCCUAACACAUGUUGGAUGAGGUUCAAAUAUGGUCCAUUGUGUUCAUUUUUAAAUUACUUUGCUAUUAAUGCAGAACAAUGAAACAUGAAAUUGUGUUAUUUUCUGAUGUGAAAUUUGUAUAUAAUAUAUAUAUAUAUUUUUUAUUUUUACUACUUUGUCUAUUUUGAUAGCUGAAUGUCUAUCUAAUUUGUGAUAUUUAUCAGAUGUUGAUUCAUUAGUUUUAAACCAUCCUUCACUCACAGUCAGUUAUCCAUGAUAUUGUUGACUUUGUUUGCUGUUUGCUGUGAUCUUAGUCACUAACAAUGAUAUUGCACUUUUAAAUAUGUUGUUUGGGUGUAUGUUUGUAACCAAUCAAAGUUAGCAAUGGUGCCCUUAAUCAAAAUGUAUUUUUGCUAAAACUGUUUUGAAAGAAUAUUAAUGAAGUGUUGUUUUUAUUUACUAUACUAAAAAGUAUUUAAUAUCA